UCUGCCCUUGUGACCCAGGGCGAGGUUCCAGGAAGGCCUCUCCUACCCCAGGACACUGUCGGGGAAACCAGCCCCUUUGCGGUGGGGGACACUGCGCCCCUCGUGGUGGUGGGCGUGUGCCGUGGGAGGCCAGCCUGCUGCUGGGCACAGAGAGGCACGUCGCCAGGCCCUCAGGGGUCCGCACAGCUCUGUCAGGGGCUUCUGGUCUCUGGGUGGAAUCGAGUCACAAACCAGCCAGGCAGAGAGCCGCCACGGCCGCCUGGUCACCUCACAGGGACAAUCUGCUGCCCAGGUGGGGUGUUUCGAGGGCAGCACUUGGGGUGACCUCCAGGUACAGCAGCCAGGACCCCAGGCCUCGGGAGAGGUGGGCAACGGGCACUGAAUGGGCUUUGUGGCCAAGGCCCCUAGACGGUGCCACCCUGCGGCUGUGGACGACCCCAGGACGGGGGUCUCGCAGGCCACCAGGGACCAACGUGACGCAGGCUGCUGUGAGCCGGGUGCGUCCUGCCACCUCCCCUGCUUGCAGUGCCGCAGCUUGGCCUGGCGUGUGGAAGCGAGGGCUGGGUGACGGACGCGGUGGAGGUCGCUCCCGCACAGCUCCUGGACGUUGGCCCAGGCUGAUGGCAGACGAUGUCAGCCACCAACAACACAGCGCAGGCCCGCAAGCUGGUGGAGCAGCUACGCAUCGAAGCCGGGAUCGAGCGCAUCAAGGUCUCCAAAGCCUCCUCGGAGCUCAUGAGCUACUGUGAGCAGCACGCCAGGUCCGACCCCCUGCUGGUGGGCGUGCCGGCCUCCGAGAACCCCUUCAAGGACAAGAAGCCCUGCACCAUCCUGUAGCCGCCCGCACCAGCCACCGAGCUCAGCCAAGACCUGAGCCCUGAGAAGUGCUGGGCUGGCGGCCCCUCCAGGCCACGCCGGACGCCCAGCCCUGCCUGUCGCCAACACACACAGCCAGAGUCCGCGGCCAGCGGUUGUCCAGGACCCUCAGUGUCACGGGCUCAGCAAGGAGGCCGGGAGGGCAGCAAUUCCCUCUAAGUGGGGCAUCUGCAAAGAGUCCACGCUGGGCUGCCGGGAUGCGCCUUGUGUGACGAGCGGAGGUCAAGUUGGGGUGGGACGAGGCUGACAUCAUGAGAUUUGCGGGCAAUAUUCCUCCCUUCCACUUAAAACAGUGUCACUCCCCACGCUGAAACCCGCUUCUCAUGGCUGACCCAAGCUGAGCUGUGGGAGGAUGCACAGGUGGACUUCCGGGGUGGGGAGGGGCUCGUCUGUGAAACGCACCCUGUGAUGCCAAAUGUCACCCCCUGUGUGGCAUUUGCUACUCGGCCCCACCCUGUCCCUGGGGGCCCACCCGUCACAGACAGGCUUUGGGGAUCUGAGGUGGGGGGUGGUCGUGGGGCACUGUGCUGCUCGGUGGCCCUCCCUGGACCGUCCUCAUUUCCCCAGUCAACGUGGCCAUUUUUCAGACAGAAGUGCAGGCUGGGGGUCUGGGCCUGGUGGGUGCAGCCCGUGGCACGGAGCCCGGGAAGCACCUUCCAGUGACCUCAGAGGCCAGGCCUGUGGCCCCGGGGGGGGGGGGGCAGCGGCAGCUCAGCUCUCCACGUUUGGUGGGCAGGAGGGAGACCCAGGGUAGGGCCCAUGGCCUGCCUCCCCGCGGCCUUGGGAGCUUGGGGUGUCAUGGGCGGGGCUUUCUAAGGACGGUCACAGGCGCAGGCCGGAGAGGAGCCCUGGGCACCCUCCUGCAACCCUGCAGCCACUCCGGAGCCGUGUGUUAAGCAGCGGGGACCUUGGUGGCCCCGGGCCCCGGAGCCGGGCCAAGAAAACCAGCCAGGCUGCCCCUGUGACCCGACAGACAUCGGGGCGGAUGCCAGGACGGUCCCCGCCCAGCCGCCCCUGCAGGCCAGUGGGGCAGGGCCCGCAGCCUCCAGAUGACUCCCCAGGCAGCCCCCUCCUGGGGCGGGGGCAGAGGGAGAGGUCACUGGGUGGGACACAGCUCAGGAGACGUGGCGGGGGGCCUGGGCGGCCCUCCGGGUACCUCCUCGCGGCUCCCAGAGGGCACAGGCGCAGGGCAGGCCUGUCCAGCUCCCGGCUCUCUAUGGCUGGUCCAGGAGGCCGGGGCUUGGGGUCUGCCACACACUCCUGUGGUUGGCCAGAAGAGGACAGCCGGCCUCUGCCCCACCCGACAGGAGGCGGGAAAGGGCAGGGCCAGUGCCAGAAUGCCAGGGCCGGGGUAGGCGGCGGAGGCCCCAGAGCGACCUCUCGAGGGUGGCAGGGCAGGGCUGUUUCCUGGGGGAGACUGGCCCCCGCUUGACCGCCUGGGUCACCGGGAACAAUUCACCCAUUUCUCUCAAAAAGAAGCCUUAACCCUGGAGCUGGUGUCUGUCCCUGCAUGGCCGGCCUCUUCCUUUGUCCCCACUGUCCAGGUCCCCAGCCACCAGUCUCCCAGGAGGACAGUAGACCCUGGCCCCAGCAUUGGCAGCCCCCCGUGGCCAAACCCCUGUUCCCCCCACUUGCCCCGCCAGGGCAGAGGACGGGCACUGGGAAUCCGAGCCCAGGCCCAUGUGACGCCCCACAGCCGUGACCCCAGGGAAUGGCUGGGCAGCGGGACGCCCUGGGCGGAGGGUCAGGGUUGACCGGGCCUCCGGGCUCGGCCACACUGAGGCUUCUCGGCCAGCGGGUCCCAGCGCCCAGCCCUGCAGGGCCUCACAGGGUUGGGACAUGCUCUGGCCUGGAGGGAAGGACAGGCUGCCUGACUCAGGGUCAGCUGCCCCCGAGUGGUCGCCCAUCCUCAUCUGCCCGCCUCCUCCUCCAGGUGCCCCUGCCCCGUCCCCAAGCCGGGUCACCAGGUGCCCACAGGUUGGGCCUCGGGGAGGUGGCGACUGGCAGGAGCCCGAGCUUCCUUCUGAGCCGGGGCCUUUCCUGACCCUGCAGGUGACUCUCCAGAGCUUCCAGGAGCAGCCUCCCUCGCAGCCGGGCUGCCGCUGGCGCCCUGUAGGACACGUCCCCGGCACUGUUCUCUGGUCACCUCAGGUCCCUCGAGUGUGUCAGGGGAGGAGCUCUCAGGAGGCUCCGCGGCCCACCCACCCAGAGGGCAGGCGCCUGGGAGCAGCGGGCACUGUCUCCCCGCCUGCUCCAGGGUGCCCGGCCAGCGAGGGCCCCCACUGGAGGGAGGGGUCGCUGAUCUCAGGAUCCGCGUCCAGUCCCCACCUGGGGAAUCUGAGCGGUCCUGGCCAUCUCAGAAUGAGCUAGGACAUGCCGCCUUCUCCUACAGUCCCCAAAGGUGACCCCAGAACAAAGUGGCCUCCAGGGAUGGCAGAUGGCAGAAGGUGCUUGUCUGUCUUUCUGCCCUGUCCCUUUGAUGGUCCAGCAGCGGCCUCCUCCAGGCAGACGCUGGGCCCUCAGGCAGCUCAUCCCAGCUCCUCCGGCUGGUCCUUAACUGACCCAGUCCUGCCACCCCAGCUGGGGGGACGGGGCAGGACAGGACCUCAGACCCCGGCUGGAGCCCGGGGACAGGACAGUUACAGGCCAGCCAGGCAAAGCUCUGCCCCCUGGCUGGCCAGGCCGCCCCAGGCCCAGUCCCCAAAGCCUGGGGACUCGGGUGGUCCCAGCCCCUCCCGUCGGGGACUCUGUUGCCAAAUGCCCCAAAGACCCUCGUCCCCAGCAGCUCCACCCGCCCUGCCCCUGGACGUUGGUGGUUUCUUUCUAAGACCCCAGCUGUGCCACACCCACCUUCUGCCCGUUUUGAUACCAUGUGGAACCCUUGUCAAGAGUGACUCACACUCAAUAAAGGCCCCAGUGCUUCUC